GUCCUGUAGUCUCCUGGGACCUGUCACGUGUCUGCAGUCUCUGGUCAUCAUCUCCUGUACUAUGUCCGCAGUCUCUGGUCAUCUCCUGUACUAUGUCCGCUGUCUCUGGUCAUCAUCUCCUGUACUAUGUCCGCAGUCUCUGGUCAUCAUCUCCUGUACUAUGUCCGCAGUCUCUGGUCAUCAUCUCCUGUACUAUGUCCGCAGUCUCUGGUCAUGUCAUGUACUAUGUCUGCAGUCUCUGGUCAUCUCCUGUGCUAUGUCCGCAGUCUCCGAUCAUCUCCUCUACUAUGUCUGCCGUUUCUGGUCAUCAUCUCCUGUACUAUGUCUGCAGUCUCUGGUCAUCUCCUGUACUAUGACUGCAGUCUCUGGUCAUCUCAUGUACUAUGUCCUCAGUCUCUGGUCAUCUCCUGUACUAUGUCCGCAGUCUCUGGUCAUCUCCUGUACUAUGUCCUCAGUCUCUAGUCAUCUCCUGUACUAUGUCCUCAGUCUCUGUUCA